AAGGGAGGCUGUGCAGAUCAAACAGCAGAACUUUGUUGAGGCUGGGUGUGGAGAAUGUCUUCAACUAUGUCAUUAUUCUACAACCAAGACAGUGCGACCCGCUUCAAGAAAAGAAAAGCUCGUUUCUCCUUCAGUGAAGUCCACGUCCUGUUGGAUGAAGUCAGGAAGAACCGUAUGGUUGUUGUGGGUAAAUUCAAUCGUGGCGUCCCAACAGACACAAAGAAACGAAUUUGGGCAGAGAUCACUGCACGGGUCAAUGAGAUUGGAGAGUGCCAACGUGAAGCCAUGGAGGUAAUCAAGAAAUGGUCUGAUCUGAAAUGUGACACUAAGCGGAAGGUGGCCGCCAUGCGGUCAGGGACAGUGCCCAACAGAGGACUGAACUCUCGCCUUUCCCGAGACCUUAGUCAGACAGAGAAAAUCGUGCUCCAGAUUCUGGAGAUGGAUGAUGACAACCAGAGCAUCUGUGACUUUGGUCCACUGGGAGAUGAUGACGACGUUCCAGACGAGGACGAGGAAAUGGACGAAGAGGACAUGAUUCGAAUGCACAGUUCUCCCAAUGGAGGUGUGAGCAUGGUGUCCAUGCCACCGCCGCCUUCCUACAGCGUGAGCGGACAAACACAUUCAGGGGAUUCAUCACAGGCAGCGUUUGAUGUGCAGUAUGAAGUUCCUCCAACAGAAGAUACAGAAACUGGAUAUGGAGAUUCUGAUGAAGACCAAAACGAAGAUGUGCUUCCUUCGACUCAGGGAGUGAAAACAACAGCUGAUCGCCACGUUAACAACGGCCUCCACAGACAGGGACAGCCUCAGACGUCCUUCACAGAGUCCGAUUCAGCCCCCACACUUGUACAGGGUCAGAACCCGAGGGACAGCCUGCUGCAGAAUGCAUCACUGAGCCUGCAGGAGCAGCAUGCCACCAACGUGCUGCUGGAAACCGUGUCGCGCUCCCUGGAGCUUCUGGCCGAGUCGGUGCAGCAGUUGGCAGAGACUCAGCAGGAGUUUGUGCGUGAGUCAUUGCAGCUCCAGAGGGAGACCGUGCAGGUUCUCAGAGACUUCACGGGUGGAGCUAUCGCACUCGUGCAUGACAAACUGAAUGGGUGGCCGGCGUUAUAACGGCACGGUCACAUGGAGGUGGGGUCAGCCGAACCAUACUUGGGUCUCAGGAGGAGGGAGUUUUAACCUCUGUUGGACAUCACCUCUGCUCACUGUUCUUUUUAAAAGGACUUCAAAGAAAAAAAAGGCACUUCAAAGGAUUUCUGUGCCACUUUUUAAAACUGCAACAUUAGAAACACUGAAGGAAUUGUCAUUUAAGUGGUGGACUGGGAAAAUAAUAAAUAUUAGCCAUAAAGAAAGAACAUGGAGUAUUUUUUAAAAUCACUAAAGAUGAUCACCUUUUUAAAUGAA